AUGGAGAGUAGUAGUCCGGAUUCUUCAUCUUUUUGUUGUUCAAAACAACAACCUCAGUUACCACCAGGCUUUCGGUUUCAUCCUACAGAUGAAGAAUUAGUUGUUCACUAUCUCAAGAAGAAAGCCGCCUCCGCUCCUUUACCCGUUUCCAUCAUCGCCGAAGUUGAUUUAUACAAGUUUGAUCCUUGGGAGCUCCCUGCUAAGGCGAGUUUUGGUGAGCAAGAAUGGUACUUCUUUAGCCCGAGAGAUAGGAAGUAUCCGAAUGGAGCUAGGCCGAACAGGGCGGCCACUUCUGGGUAUUGGAAAGCCACUGGGACGGAUAAGCCGGUGUUGACAUCUGGCGGGACUCAAAAAGUUGGGGUGAAGAAAGCACUUGUGUUUUAUGGAGGGAAGCCUCCAAAAGGAUCCAAAACAAAUUGGAUUAUGCAUGAAUAUCGUCUUGUUGAUAAUAAUAAUAAGACUAUCUCUAGACCCCCUGGUUGUGAUCCUAACAAUAAGAAAGGUUCUUUGAGGUUGGAUGAUUGGGUGUUAUGUCGAAUCUACAAGAAGAAUAAUAUGCAAAGGCCAGUGGAUAGCGAUGGAAAUAAUAUUGAUCAUCAUCACGCCAUGACUGGAAUGAUGUUGGCAUCUAUACCGCAAUCUAUAUCAUCACUUGGUAUGAAUACUACUACUAGACCGAUAUCCGGAGUAGGGUUCAAUGCAAUGCUGGAGAAUCAUCAUGAUCAUCACAACAACAACAACAUCGUAUUUGAUACCAUGAUGACCUCAUCAAACGACGACAACGUCAACAAUAUCACAACGACCUCAAAUUUUCUUCCUACUAAAAGAUCCCUCCCCGGUAUGUUUUGGAAUGAAGAAGCUGGUAAUUCACCAUACAAUACCAAAAGGUUUCUCUCGGAUAGCAAUAGUAGUGAUGUGCAUAAUUUAAUGGUCACACGAACCACCGAAGAAAAUGGUAGUUCGAUUGCCAGUCUGUUGAGCCAGUUACCACAAAGUUCACAAAUACAUCAACAAGCAAUGUUAGGAUCGAUGGGAGAUGGCGUUUAUCGACAAAGUUUUCAGUCACCUAGCAUGAACUGGUAUUCGUAA